AUGAACGAGAAACUGUUUAUUCUAGUUUUGCUUGCUUUGUCGAUUGAGCUGUGGUGAGUUAGGAUUGGUAGAAUAACUGUAAAAUCGAAUUGAAUAACCUCAUCCCAGUAAAUAGAAAAACUGGAAAGUUAAUUUCAGCCAAACCCAAUGUUAUGGACAAAAAUGUAAGGAGGGAACUAGACAAUAUUUGGAAGACACGUAUGUUUUUUUUAAACUUUUUCCCCCUAAACUGAUAUUUUCAGUGAACAAUGUCAUGGAAUGGAAUGCGAAUCAAAAGAAUCUCUAUUGAAAAUGAUCAGUAAAAUGCAAAAAAGUAAACAUGAGCAAUAUAUGGCGCCAGCUCUGAAAAAACCAUUGGCAAUCAGUCAGAUGUUUGUGAGCAAUGUUGUAACAGCUCAAAAUUAUACUUGCUCGAUUUGCGAUAAUCCAGCAUUGUGUUUGAAUGGUGGAACUUGUGUUGCUGAUCCAACUGAUCCGUGGAAAUAUUAUCAGUGAGUUGGGAGCUUUUGCAAACAAUCUAGAGUCUAUAGUCAUUUAUUCGCAAAACUUCGUUAGAUAGAAUAAUGUGCUGAAUCAGAAAUAUUUUUCUUGAUAAGACUACUGUAAGUUACGAAUUUCACUUUUGAUUGACACAUAUUUAGGACCAGUUUCUGAUGGUUAAAAAUAUUUAUAAAUAAAAGUUCCAAUUUUAAGAGACAAAAUUAGCCACAGGAUGUAAAUUACUACCCAAAAUCUCUAGGCUUCGAAAAUUUUCAAGAAAUUUUCUGGUAGAUCAAAAAAAGGUCUCAAAAAAGCGCGAGAAUUUUCUGGUAAUGAAUUACACGCUGUGUCUUCAUGUAUAUUUAAACUUUCUAUUUUGUGUCUUCCUCUUCUUCAAAAUCAUAUUUUCCAGUUGUAUUUGCCCAGACAACACAUCCGGUGAAAACUGUCAAAACAUAAUUGAAUGCAAAACCAAUACUUGUGGCGCCAAUGCAAUUUGCUAUGUUUCCAACCAUCAACUCAAUUGUAUUUGUAAACCUGGUUACACAGCUCGAGGAAAUGGUCGCGAUUGUGAUUUGAAAGUUCAAAGAGCUUGUAUGCAUGGUGAUCCACAUUAUGAAACAUUCGAUAAUCUUCGGUUUGAUUAUCAAGGAACUUGUCCAUAUGUUUUUAGUCAACCUUGUUCACAACUUCCAUCUCCAUUCAAAUGGUAUUCUGUGAGAGCGAAAAAUGAGUUGCCUGGAAAAGGAUAUCAGUGAGUUACAAAAACAUUAGAUGACAAUAUUUCAACAUUUUUCUUUCUAGUGUUUCAAGUGUUUCUGAAGUUGAAGUUGAUUUUGAUCAAUUGACAAUCCACGUUGAUGGUAGAUCAAAAACUGCUCUUGUGAAUGGUGUUCAAGUUCUUCUUCCUUGGUACUAUCCAACAAAAUCAAACUGGACAGUCUAUGUUGGAUUUUCUGGAACUGUUUUUACCUUGAAAAAUGAUCAGGGUGUUAGUGUCAUUUUCAACACGUUCACUUCGCUUUGCGUCCAAGUUCCGGAUAUUCCAGCAUUCCAAAAUACCACAACACUUUGUGGUUUGGCAGGAAAUAUUGAUGGAAAAUGGAGUGACGAUGUUGUGAAUAAAAAUGGAACUGUUCUUCCGAUCUCAAAUAACCAUCAACCAGAAAGUCAAAACCGUCAAGAUUUUAUGGCUACAGAGGAUUCAUGGAUCACGGAUAACUUCUUGGUUUUGAGACCAAAUCAGGAAAUUUGUAUAAACGGGCAAACAAUUGAUAAUAACACUAAAUGUGUGAGUUGAAAAAUAUUAAUUAAAAAACUCAUCAAUUCUGAAAUCUGAUAAAUUUUCCAGGAUGUUUCAUCAGCAUCGACUUACUGUUAUCCAAUUUUACAAGCUGAAUUGGGUGUUGGACCAUUUGGUGGAUGUCAAGGAUUAGGAAAUGAAACACUUGACAACUUCUAUUAUGAUUGUGUUUAUGAUGUUUGCCGAAAUCCGUCAUUCAAAUGUACUGCACUAUCAAACUUCUUCCACUAUUGUCAAACAAAUCUUCCAAGUUAGUUUUUGUGUAACAUUCGGAAAAAGUUGGGUUUUUUGAGGAAUCUCUAUUUAGCUUGAAACUUGAUGUCAAAUAUUUUAUGGAUUUUCAGAAAGUAAUUUUUUAAAUAAAAAAUUUCCAGCCACCGCUCAAGAUCCAAAUUGGCGUAAUGAAGUUGAUUGCGAACUUGCGUGUCAACCAAAUUCUCAUUAUUCUCUUUGCACAUCUGCCUGUCCAUCAACUUGCGCUGAACCAUAUCCAGAAAAUUGUUAUGAACCAUGUUCAGAUGGUUGUGAAUGUGAUCAAGGAUAUGUUAUUGAUAAUACAGUAACCCGUGUUCAAUCUUGUAUUCGAAUUGAUCAAUGUGGUUGUGUUGAUGAAAAUGGAAAUCCACAUUCUGCAAAUGUUCCAUGGCUCACAAAUAAUUGCACAAUCUAUCAUAUUUGUCAGAAUGGUUCUAUGUACAGUGAUGUGAGUCCAAAUAAUAUUAUUAUUCUAAAAUGAUCUCAUCUGUAACGAUUUUUUACAGUAUCGCCCAUGUUCUACAGAUGGUUAUUGUGCUGAUAUUGGUUACGGUUAUAGUUGUGAAUGUCAAAAAGGAUAUCGUGGAGAUGGUUAUACUUGUAACGAUAUCAAUGAAUGUGUGGAAACACCGGGAAUUUGUGGACAUGGAACUUGUAAAAAUCUCCCUGGAACUUAUCAAUGUAUUUGUGAUAAGUUUUAUGCUGGAACAAAUUGCACUGAUUUCAAACCACGAAGAGAUUGUGCUGAUCUUUAUGUUUAUUGGGGAAUCCGCCAAAGUGGACAAUAUGAAAUUCUUCCACCAUUUGCGACACCAAAUCUCCCCGCUUUUACGCCUUUCAGUGUUCAAUGUGAUAUGAGCAAUGAUGGUGGAUAUACUUUGGUCAGUUCAGAUAUUGCUGGUCUGAACAUCAAUAAAACUUAUCAACAAUAUGUGAAUGGAUUUGGUAAUUCGUCAACUCAGAAUCUAUUCAUUGGACUGGAAUAUCUUUAUCAAUCAACCCAAUAUGUUCCACAAACCCUUCGACUUGAACUUUUCCGUUGUUCAUCUAAUAACCGACCUUCCAAAACAACCGAAUGUAUUUAUCCAAGUUUCCAAGUUUUGAAUGCUACAACACAAUAUUCAGUUGUUAUUCCAAAACCAUGUUCAGGAUCAGAAGCUGGCGAUAAUUAUUACGAAGAUGGAUGGGCGAGAUGGGAUUUGAAUGGAGUUGGUCCAAAAUUCUCAACCUGGGAUCUAGAAUCAUCAACUAAAUCUAAAAACAGAAAAUCACAAUCAAUGAUGCAGUUUAUUCAUCUUGUUCUGAAGCUAAUUUACGAACUGGUUGGUGGUAUGUUGAAGAUCAACUUUGUGGAGCUGCUAAUUUGAAUGGUGUCCGAUAUGAUUGUGCAAAUAUUCCUAUUGAAACUCAAAGAUAUUUGAGAUGGGCUCAAGGAACAUUGGGACAAUCAUGGAUGUAUCUAAGACCUGCAAGUUAUCCUAGUUUGCCAACUGAUGUAUAA